AUGCAAAACAAUCCUAUCUUACAUCUGUUGGUGCUGCUUCCAUUUGUCUUAAGUCAAAGUUCACAGUUAUGUCAAAAACUCUCGACUCGUGUUAUUAUCCCUGCUGUUAAUCAAACAAGUUCGAUACCGGAUCGAUGUUACAUAAUUGAACAAUGUAAUUUGACACUGACAACGAAUGAUCACCAUUAUCAUCUAGUUAAUUUCAAAAGAAAUAAUCACAGUGUACAGUUGUCAUUCGCAUCCAAAUUUCAACUUUUAAUCGAUCAUGAGCAAUAUAGAAAACUGAUUUUGUUUACAUUAUUAUCCAACGACAGCAUAGUAAACACAACCGAUCUGUCAACAAAAGAGUGUUACUUAGGAAAGGAACUUGUCAAAUCGAACACUUUCCAACAAACGGCACAUCGAUCAGGAUCAACACCAUCAAUCAUAAUUACAUUUAAUUCCUCGGCAUUCAUCGAUUAUCGUCAUCGAGAAAUACCUGAUUAUCCACUCCGUUUAUCAGUACACUUCCGAACCAUCGGUCGAAUAUCAAAUGGCGUUCUACUUACCCUAGCAUAUCGCAAAUCUCAUUCGACAAUUAUUCCGUUCAUUAUCAUCGAACAUACAAAUGGAAAGAUCGAAAUUACUAUGCUUGAACAAGAUACCAGACAUAUAUUAUCACGUGUCAAUUACACCGAAUGUGGCAAAAAUGUCAACAACGAUCAGUGGCAUUGGCUAUAUUUUGAAAUUGACUACAAUGGCAUAUAUACCGUGAUUGUCGAUGAUGACAGACGAGAAUCACGCAUUCCGAGUUAUGUGGUGUCAAGUUGGAAUAUCAACGCAUUGCUAGUUGGAGACACACGUCGUUUCGAUACGGAUAUAUUCCAACCGUUUAUUGGAUACAUGAGUGAUUUACAAUUUAACGACGAAUAUUUAUUUCAGAGUUUAACAACAAGAAAAGGAAAAAUUCAAUCGUUGUUUUAUACGCACAGUCGGCAUAUUCUUGUUGGUUAUCAUAUUGCAUUCUUUAAUCUAGUUACAAUCGAUACUCAGACAUCACAUAUCGCCUUUUCGGAAUGGGAGAAUCAAAAUAAAAACUACGGCAAAUCGGAUAUUUACUUUCUGUUUCGAUCUUAUGUACCUGAUGGAAUCAUUCUCUAUCGUUAUGCACAAGGUUUGAAUGAAUACUUUGCCAUCGGACUACGGGCAGGAAUCUUAGCGUUAUAUAUUGAUUUCGGAUUUGGCAAACGACAAGUAAUAAGUGAUGAAUCGACGAAAUUAUCAGAUGGAAAAUGGCAUGAAGUCCGAGUGACAAGAAUUGGCAUUGACAAAAUUGAAUUAGUUGUUGACAAUCGCGUCAAUCUAACGACUCUAUCAGCCAAUGGUAUUCGAAAUGCUGUUUCACUCCAGCCUGUUCUUUAUGUUGGUGGAAUACCUAACAAUGAUAUUAAUAAUCUAACAGGUUCUGGUCUGAGUUCGUACGGUUUUCAAGGUUGUUUGUCAAGUUUUAUUGUUGAUGGACGAAUACUCGAUUAUCAAACUGCUCUAUCGAUUUACGGAAGUGUCAAAGUGAAUGUUUGUUCAGAUUCUUCUGAAAUGAACUCAAAUGAAAAUGUUGAUUUAAACAAACUUUGCUAUGAUUUUACGUGUGUUCACUCGGGCAUUUGUACUUCGACUGAACGCGAUGGAACGAAAUGUGAUUGUAUUGAAACGGGUUAUGUAGGUGAACGUUGUGAUAAAUUGCCGAAUGGCUUUUAUUUCGGUAAACACAAUGCUGCUGGUGCACUGGAAUAUAUUGUCCAUUCUGCGCAUCAAGUCGAACAUGAUACAAUUUCAUUCGGUCUUCAAACUUUAUCCAAGUCAGCUCAUAUCUUUCGUUUACAAUCGGACUCGAAAAAAUACAGCCUGGAAUAUGAAAUUGUGGGUGGACGAUCGUAUAUAAAGUUGAACUUUGGCGAAAGUCAACCGGCUUAUUAUCCAGGUGUCAUUCACGUAUCAGAUGGUCUGUAUCACGUCAUUAAAAUAGUUCGAAAUGUCACAGCGAUUAAAUUAUACAUCGAUGGAGCAGAAAUCAAGUUACUUGGAUCGAAUAAACAUCUGGAACCAUUAGAUAAACGCUCUUCGCUGACACCACUACGGUUACGUAUCGGAAGUUUUACGAACACAUCACGAUGGAAUGGCAUCGUUGCCGGUUUCUCCUUGAAUCGGCAAUCAAUAUUUGAUGGUCUCAAUCAUACGUUGAUUCGAUUAGGUGAUGUCGAAGAAGUUCAUCCUAAUCCAUACUUAAGUCAAUUCGAUCUCGUUCAUUCCUCAUUUAUGCCGACAUUUACUCAAACUUCGACUCGUACAGUUUCUAUCGUCACGAAUGAGACUUUCUCGUUGGAUUCAAGUGCCACAACAACAUUCAUUUCGAUCGAUGAUGAUCUACAACGCACCGAACGUAUCAAUACGAAACAUAUCAUCGCGCCAAUUCCUAUUCCAACACAAGGACCAGUAACCAAAUGGUUCUCAAAUCAAGUGACGCGAUUCGGUGUCCGAGGCCUACUGAUCGGUGCAAUCAUUGCCAGCUGUUUUCUUCUCUUCUUAAUUUUCAUUUUCAUUCGUUUACACUGUACCAGUCGUCAUUCAAGACGAAAACAUUCCCCAUAUUCUUACAGUGAAUCAAACGGUAAAACUUAUACUCAUUUGCAACAGCAAACUAACCGUUCAGCGACCCCGUCAUCCGACGAUCGUGAGUCGAAAAAGUCCACACCGAAAUUGUUACGAUACCUAUCGCCAAAUGAAACGAAACCACCGUCAUUUCGUUCAUCAGACAAUGGCGGCGAUGAUUCUCAUUUGAUCUCUUCAACGAAGGAAAACUCGACAUUACCCUAUCGAAAUUCGGAUUGUGUCUUAAACGAGCACUGCUGCAUUCACACAAGUUUAUCUCAACCUGAAACAUCAACAUCAAUGUAUCACCAAGUCAACCGUCUUAUAUCAUUAGAUAGUGAUCCACCACUGCCAUUACCACAUCUGUCUCAUUCACACUCGCAUCUACCUAGCACAGCAACGUUACGUUCGCUGAAAAAAGAUCAAGAUCAUACGAGUACACAAACAUAUUCAGCUGUAUAUUCAUGUGAUCUAGCAGCGAAUUUAGACAUCGAACAAGACAUAGCACAAAAGCGUUCCUCAAUCAAACGCCGAUCCAUUCUAAAGAAUAACAAUUCGAUUUUAACUCAAACAAAAAUUUUAUUUCUCUACACGAAAAAUCCCGUCGAUUGUUAUGCACUACAGACUUGUCAGAAAACAACUCAGGAUCCUCUCAUUCUAGCAACAGCGAAUGUAAAUCGCAUUCAAUUAGCACAGGCGCUGACAGGAAGCUUUCAUUCACAACUACCUGUCUCAUCAGUCGGUUCUUGUCAUGAUAUUCUCUUCUCAUCGGAUGGUCAAUUUCUCAUUGGUUUAUUCUAUGAAGUAUCGUCAAAUAUCAAUCCUUAUGCCGUCAAAAUCUGGUCUACCGAUACAUACACAAUACGAACGAGUCCACAUCCGAUUAAGUGCACUAUAGCUGCCGCCUCUCAACAUUUGCCGGUACUAUAUAUGGCCGGUAAACAAAAAUAUGGACGCGGAAUUUCCCUUGGUUUACUCGAAAUCGAUUCAUGUAGUUUAGCACGUGAGCUCAAAUCCGAUCCUGAUACACCGAUCGGAGACGAGAUUCAGCGAAUUAUCUUAACCAAAAAUGAAUCUUAUGUUGUAGUUGUUUGCACUGAACACGCCAGUUCAUACACAUGUUUCGUAGUGUUUAAAUUAGAAACGCUGUCGAUGAUCACUCAAGAGCAAAAAGUCGGAUCGACAAGUAACUGUACAAUGAUCUUGACACGGUUCGAAUGUGAUCCCAAAUACACAUUUCCGAUCAAUGACUCGAACAAUAACGACGAUGAACAAAUUCUAACUAUCUUACACAUGAAUCAAAUUAUCAUUUGGAAACUAAACGAUGGAGAAAUCAUAUUCAAUCACGAUUUCCGACAUUUGAAUACGGAUAAUCAAAAGCAACAAUUACAAAACUGUCAAAUGCACAACAAUCGUUUGUUCGUACAAGUCGAACACGGUCUCGUGCAUAUAUGGGAUGUCACGCUCGUUAUGGGGCAAAUAUCAUUGAUUACUACCAUAUCAGAUCCUCUUAUUCAUUCAAUAACUUGGCUUGAUCAACGUCAUUUUCUGUCGAUUGACACUGAUGGAUAUCGCCUUCGCACAUGGAAUAUUCAUCGUAAAGAUGUCCUGAAUGAAUUCAUCUCUUCAAUCGAUAAGAUUAAAUCUUUGCAUGUGCACUCGAUUCGCAACGAUUCAAGCAAACAUCAGGAAUAUCUAAUCAUUGGGAAAUCGAUCACUGAACGUUAUUUAUCGGUCUUCGAAUACACUCAGCCACAUGAGAACAUCUCCAAUUCUUAA